UGUGGUGGUCCUCGGAGCGGCCGUGUCCUGAUCCUCUCUCCAACGCCUCGGGGACUUUGUCAUGGUUGCUGGGGACAGCUCUCCACUGGGGAGGGGGCUGCGUUCGCCUGCUGGGAGUGAGGACUGUUUAUUCUAUUAUUCCGUUGAUUUGAGUGUUCUGUUCCCUUUUUCUGUCCUCGGUUAGCGUGUAUCACUGGUGUAAUUUUCGUCUGUGUGCCAUGAAGAUUAAGUCCUUAGCCAUUAGUGCUUUAGUCUAGUGUAUCUGUGUACCGUCAAUGUAGUCGUCAGACUUGCCUCUCGUUCUCUUCGUUCUGAGUGUGUACGUGUGUUGCUGAAGCUAAUAAACGGGACUCCUGGGGCUGAUUGCUGUACAGGAGCACAGGAGUUGCUUUGAAACCGGUGAUCUCUCUGUCUCGCUGAAGUCUCUUUCCACUCCAGCACGCGAAAUAUGUUAAACAGAGUGAUGGCGAAAUACAGUGGCGUUACAGUAUAGUGUAGUGUUUAUAUAAUUUUUUUUGUAAUGUCCUGAAAGUAUUUCGCAUAUGUGAAUAUAAAUAAAUCGCAGAGUGACGAGGACGAGACGCAGAUGGGACUUGCGCGUGCUGGACAGAUGGUGCCUUGUGAAUAGAGCAGCCGCACCACGCGAGGGAAAACAAAAAGAAAAACACCGACUUAACCACCCAGUGGAUUUAACGGCAAUUCCUGAAAACAAACGAGGAUUUACCGGCAUUGAGCAAAUCAGCAUCUCGGAAGCGGACUCUUUUUAGAUUAAAUGUAGGCUAUGGCUGUGUGUGAAUGAUGGCCCGUUUGGCAGGUGACGGAGUAUUACACUGAACACUCACAAGCUGAUUUGAUUUGGCACAGAGCAGACAGUCCAUCAAAUUUGACAUUUAUCUCCUAAAAUUGUCUCUCCAUUUGAGGCUUAGGAUUAGACACGGAUUUCCUGGUUUUCCUGCUUACCUGUCUUGACAAAAAUUGGACUUAGAUGGACUUCUUUAAAACAAGGUUGAAACACAAAAGAAUGAGCUCUCUCUCACUCUCACUUUCGUUCUGGCUUUCCCUGUUUCUCCGACAGAUUUACCAUAGCUUCCCUCGCCACACGCGCCUCUUCCCGCCGCGCAUCAGGACUGGGAUUUUUUGGACCGACCGUUAAGCCCCAGAGCUAUAAUUACGCGCGAGGAAGAUUGCCAGAGAAACAUCUGUGAUCCACAUUUCCUAAUUUAAUUGGUUAAUUUUUUUUUUAACGGGCACGGUGAGAGACGAGUCUUUGCGCAGUCCUCUGUCACAAGGAUGGGCAACCAGUUGAACUUCGGCCACGCAGAGAUAUUCGCGCAGGGAAACCUCACAUAGUCACGGUAACGUGCAGAAGGAGCGAGGGAAUGGAUUUAACGGGCGAUGUGGAGUCUUGGAAUCGUUUGUAGUCACAUUUUCUCAUUUUGAUUAAAGAAGUGGGUAAUUCAGGCCGGAGUUCGGGUUCUCAUUCAUCGCGCUUAGUUCUAUUGAGACAGGUGCGCCUAAAAGGUGACCUAUUGGACUAGCUCAGAUUGACUUUAAAGGAAAGAAGAUUGUGAAAACAAAACCUGAAACAAGGAAAAGGUGACCUACAUGGGGUUUAUGAAGUGAAUAAUUCAAGGAACCUUGAAACAAGAACCUCUUGACCAACAGCAAUGUGAGGAACCCCAGGGAAAACCUUACUGCAAUGGGAUCAGUGGACUUCACCUCAAGCCCAUUGUGAGGGGGCUCUGCAUGGCAGUAUGAAUCUGACUCGGGAUAAGCUACUAGUGGUGCUGGGCCAACUGAACGCCGUCCGACUCCCAAUCAACAUCACUGGCGAUGAGUACGAUGAGGGGGUGGGACGCCCGGCGUCCAAUCAGAACGACAGCUUCGGCUUCCUCUUCCCGGAGGGAGGCGGGGCUGGCGCCCUUGAGUGGCAGCUCCUGCUGACCAUCCAUGAGCCAGGGACCAUCGUGCUCACUGUCCUCUACUCUCUCUCCUUCCUGGUGGGCUUCGUGGGCAACGUGCUGUCCAUCAAGGUCCUGUGCGGUCGCCGUGGCAGCGAACGCCUGUCCGGCGUGAGUUCCACCCGCUAUCUGCUGGUCAACCUGGCCGUGUGCGACCUGGCCGUGGUGUGCGUGUGCAUGCCCGUCACCCUGGGCAACCGCAUCUACAUGCCGUGGGUGUGGGGCGGCUUUCUGUGCCGCGCUGUGCCCUUCACCCAGGCCGUGUCGGUGUCGGCGAGCGUGCUCAGCCUGACGGUGAUCAGCGUCAACCGCUACCUGAGCGUGCGCUGCCCUCUCCGCUCGCGCUCGCUGUUCACGCGCCGGCGCAUCCUGGGCGCCGUGGCGGCCGUGUGGGUCGUGUCGGCGUCCAUCUGCGCGCCGCUGGCCGUCAUGACGAGGCUGGACGAGCUGCGGCUGCACGGGCUCCCGGCGCUGCCGGUGUGCAGUGAGGCGUGGCCCCACGCCCGCCUGCGCCAGGCCUACAACGUGCUGCUCUUCGCCGCCCUCUACUGCCUGCCCGUCUCCUUCAACCUGGCCGUGGGGUUCCUCACCGGGCGCCGCCUGUGUGGCUACGACGACCACCUGAUCCUCGACCCCUCUUCGUCCUCCUCCGCAAUCGGCCAGAUCUGUUUCGCGGAGCUGGACCCGCGUUCGCGCGCGCUGCACGCCGCCCGGCUCCGGAGCCGGCGCCAGAUCGCCCGCCUGGUCCUGGCGCUGGUGCUGCUGUUCGCCGCCUCCUGGCUGCCGCUCUACCUGGCCGACCUGUGGCUGGACUGCGGCGGCCGGCAGCCCCCCAGCUGGCUGCUCCAGGCGCGGCCCUUCGCCCAGUGGCUGGGCCUCACCAACUCCAGCCUCAACCCCAUCUGCUACUGCCUGGUGGGCGACCUGCACCGUUCGGCGCGGCAGCUGCGCACCCGCUACCAGCAGCGCAUCCUCACGCUCUUCGGCGGUGGAGCUGCCGUCGGAGGCCCCGUCUUCAGCGCCGACCCCGCCAGCGGAGGGCCGUCUCCGGCCACGGCGCUCGCCCUCGCCUCCCUGCCCAAGAUCUUCGGCUUCCGCAGGGAACCAGCGGGGACCGGGGAGGAGAGCCAAGAAGGGGAGAAGGGGCUCGACAAAAUGGCCUCCGCUGCCGCCGGCGCAGAGAGGAACGAACAGUCAGACUGUAUCACCCUCAACAGCGUGUGUUAG